GUCUGCUUUUUAACGUGUGUGGGCGGAGGCGUUGGUGGGUCGGGUGUGUGUUGUCGGUCCAAAAGUGACAUUUGGUUGCGUUUGUGAGGCAGCAAUGUGUUUGCCAACCGAUCGGAGGACAUGGAGACUGACGCACCUACCGCAGAGGAUUUGACAACAGCAGCUACCUCAAGAUCCUGAGACCCAUCUGAGCUCAGGGAUGGCCGUGGUUGCCGUACUGAAGUGGACCCCCCCAUUGACGGUCCUCCUGUAUCUACAUGCAGUCGCAGAGAUGUCCGGAUGGGGCGGAUGCUUGGACGGUCAGGACGUAUACUCCAGGGUGGUGGAAAACAGCCUCUGUGGAGAAGUGGUGGCCGACCUCAUGGCGGACCACCCUGUGGAGGGCAUUGAGUGGAAACUGCAAGGGAAAGAUGCCGAUUGGUUCUUCUUGGAUGGAGGAGUCAUACAUUUGAACACUUCACCUGAGAAAGUGCUCGACCGAGAGCUGCAGGGUCCCGUCCUGAUGGCGGAACUGUCGUGCUAUGAAGACGACGUGCUUCAGAGUGUUUCCAGGAUAGUGGUGGAGGUUCUCAAUGAGAAUGACAACUGGCCCGUGUUUGCGGAAGACACCAUCCAAUCUGUUGUCAUCAGUGAGCUGACUCCGGUCAAUGCGCUCGUGUUUACCAUCCUGGCAACUGAUGCAGACAAUGACCAGAUCAUUUACUCCAUUGACCAGUCAUCUCCUGACGCAGACUACUUCAAAAUCGAUCUUCGCAACAGCGGUGCAGUGAUACUCGCCAAAUCUCUCGACUACGAGACCAAAACUCAGCUCUUUCUCACCAUCCUCGCCACCGAAAUGAACACGGCCGAGCACUUCAACACCAGCACCGACGUCACGGUUGACGUCCAGGACGGAGAUGACCUGUACCCUCAGUUCCUGCCCUGCACGCUGCUGUUCCAGGACCGCACCAAUCGGAUUUGCACCAGUCCCGUGUAUACUGUCAAUGUCACAGAAGGCAAAGAGGACUUUGUGCUGGAUUUCUCUCCUGGUCCUAUCCAUGCAGUGGACGGAGACAGAGGACUCAAGGCCACACUCAGCUAUGCCAUCCUCUCAGGGGACGACCACGGUCGAUUCCUGAUGGACCGGCAGACUGGGGAGGUGAGGUUCACCCGGGCGGUGAAAGACAGACUCACCACACCGGCACUGCAUCUUCAAGUCAUGGCCUUUCAGGACGACGACCCCAGGAAGUACUCUGUUGCCACGGUGCUUGUCCGCGUGCUGGCGGUGAACCAGUUUCAUCCAGUGUUUGACAUGGCUGAAUACCACGGCUUUGUGACUGCGGGGAAGAGUCCCGCUUCUCUAGUUUAUACCUACGGCAACAGAGCGCUGAUGUUACAUGUGCAGGACCAGGACUUUAAACAUGGAUUUAAUCCGAUGAUCUACUUCACCUUCAGCCCCACGUCCAAUCACACAGGCAUCUACCGGGUCACACAGGAGGGGCUUCUCAUUGCCAGAACCAAUCAGCUCAAAGCGAGACAAAAGCACCUUCUGCACGUAAUGGCACGAGACCGGGAGUCAGGCGACACCGUUGACUCUUCUGUGGUGGUGGAGGUGUUAUCUGAAAGCCAAUCAAUUCCUCUGAGCGCGCUGAUAGACGACCGCACCAUCAGUUGCACCCUUGGCAAAGCCUUGUUCCUCAGCACAGCCUUCCUGACGGUGGUCGGAUGCGCCAUGGCUCUGGUUCUGUGGAUCAAGAGGAAACACAAGGGCCAUCUGGACCCCCUGGAAAGAGGCUGCGUAGCCCAGGGCAAGCACCCCAAUGUGAGCCUACGGUGGUUCCAACUGGUGAAUCCGAGUAGCGGCACCCCACGGGUGGAUGAUGUGAGCUUCAGCAGUGAAGACUACGGAACCAUCAACCCCUCAUUCAGCUUCACAGGAAAAGACCAGGGGCCAGCCCAGCCCAACAACAACAACCCAACGGCUCCCCUUGAUUCUACAUUGAGCUCGGCUGACGCUAUGUGUACCACCAUCACCUUCAACAACAGCGUCUCCACUCCCACCAAAAGCCUGUCUUGCUUGUCUACCUUCCGGCCCAACUCUGUGGACAUCAACCCUGUCGGGCCCAAAAAAAGCGGAUCGGAAACACCUCCACUGGAAGCAACUAUACCUUCCACAUGUCUCGACUCGCAGACAAACAGCAGCGAGGAUCCCGUUGUCAGCCUGGCCAGCCCCUCGCCCUCUUCUGCUAGCGUCCCCCACAGCCAGGCCCGAAUCGCCUCUGCCGAGAUAGAGAAACCUUUUGGCAAACCUUGCGCGGGGUCACCCCCAAACUCUGCGCACUCCUCUAUACUGUCCUCGCCACUCGCCAAACAGACAAGCACGCCGCCGCCCACACCAGAGCAGGCCCCCUUGAAGGCCACGCUGGUCAUGGUGGACGUGUCACCUGAACCAUCGGAGCAGAGGUGGAGCGAAGAGGAGGACCAGCCUUGCACGUCGCUGGACCAGCUGGAACAACCGGAACACCGGGAGCAGCCGGACCACCACCCGGCGACCUCCGAGGACGAUGACGGAUCUCUGGCCGAUGAAGACGUCGAUAAGAACAGUGGUAGCGAGUUGGAGGAGGACGAGGAAGAGCUACUCAGGGUGAUGUCCCGGUGCAAUCCCAUGUUUGUCACGUUCACACAGUGAUGGAGGAAAUGGAUGCGGGCAGUGGAAACAAGGGACGCUUCAACCUAAUAUAGUGAACCCCCAUUAUUCAAAUUUAAAAAUCUUCAUGUAAUUGACACUUCACCAAAACGUUUAUAAUGGCCAAUACUAACAGUUGGAACCCUAAAUAUGCUCCAAACUAUGACCUCAAAACACUUUAAUACUAUUUCAAACUCAUCUUACCACAUUACCGUGAAAAAUAAAUGGCUUACAGCGCUGGCGUUUGCCGCCUUUGGAAUUUGUCACAAUACUAAUUACCAGAGGUGGGGGACUCAUGUCGCUUGCCUGCUUACAUGUGACAAUCAGCAAUUUCAAAAUACUGUGUCAUUUGUUGUGCUUUUGAAAGAAAGUCUUUGUGUAGUGCAUGCAAAUUUGGCUACGCACCAGGAUGGAUGCUAUGAUGCGAAGUGCAGAUGCUACCAGAUGAAACACAUAGGCUAUGAUAGGAGAUCUAAAGAUUAUAACAGUAAGUAAACUGGUUUUUCUUCCCGUGCCUGCGUGGGUUUUCUCCGGGAACUCCGGUUUCCUCCCACAUCCCAAAAACAUGAAUGGUAGGUUAAUUGACAACUCUAAAUUGCCUGUAGGUAUGAAUGUGAGUGCGAAUGGUUGUUUGCUUGUAUGUACCCUGCGAUUGGCUGGCAACCAGUUCAGGGUGUACCCCGCCAACUGCCCGAUGAUAGCUGGGAUAGGAUCCAGCAUGCCCGCGACCCGAGUGAGGAGAAGCGGCUCAGAAAAUGGAUGGAUGGAUAGAUGGAUGACUACUGGCUGAUGUUCUUUCUGCAGCCUGCAUGCUUCAGUGUAGCUUAACCCUUAAAAUGUACAUUUCAUGCAAUUUUUGCUUAACUAACGGCAAUCGAAACAUAAUUGCUAAUUUUACGGAGGUAAGAAAAAAAUCUGAACAGUUAUCAUAUCUGCACCUAAAUGGCUUCUUCUUUGGUCCAGUCUCAAAUUUGGGUACAAAUCACUGAUGUAUUUGAUGUGUUGCUUUUGUGUAAUUGAAACAUUAUUGCUCGUUUUGUACUGCUGUAAGAAAAAAAAUUGGUCAAUUUCCUGAGGUAUCCAUUCAUCCAUCCAUCCAUUUUCUGAGCCGCUUCUCCUCACUAGGGUCGCGGGCGUGCUGGAGCCUAUCCCAGCUGUCAUCGGGCAGGAGGCGGCGUACACCCUGAGCUGGUUGCCAGCCAAUCGCACUCACAGUCACACCUACGGGCGAUUUAGAGUCUCCAAUUCAUGCAUGUUUUUAUAUAUAUAUAUAUAUAUAUAUAUAUACACACACGCACGCAAACACACACACAGAUUUUCUGUACUGCUUUCUCACUAGGGGUGCGGGCGUGCAAAACAAUUCUCAUUCUCAUCUCAUUGCUUGACAUUCUUACGUAAUCAUACAAGCAUGAAAAAGGUAACUGCUGCUAAAGUAAAAUGUAAAUACAAUAGAACACUACCUUAGUUAGGGUUACCUUACUUAGAUUCUGAUGGCAGGGCUUCAACACUAGUUGUUCAGAUUUCUCCUUUCGGAGUGAGUGUCACAAAAAGCACGGAGGCUAUACAUCUUACCCUAACCUUAACAUAUUGGCCACUCUGGAAGCAGACCCCUUCCAUAAGCCCUAACCUUAACCCUUUUCUAGAUGGAUAAAAAAUACCCCUAUUAUAUUUUCUACCCUAACCUUAACCAAAUCGCCACUUUCGGCGUAUUGGCCUUCCGCAGCCCUAACCUUAAUGAGGUGUUGCGUGACCGACAGCUCCAGCUUUUCAACAUCUUUCUCAAAAUAAAUGCAUCAGCAUUGAUUAAAAAAAUGUUCGGCAAUAGUUUUUUCCAAUGUAAUUUUAUUUUUAAGAUGUCCUCAAUCACAAAAACGGGACGUGAUCGUCAGCUCAGACCAACAACAUACAGUGCUGUGAAAAGUAUUGACUCUCUUCUCAAAGUCUUAUUUUUGCAGUUUCCCCACUUUAAGAUCACCAAAACAAUGUAAAUACAAAAAUAUAUCCCAAGUGAAUUUAAAAUGCUGUUUUUAAGUGGUUCAUUUAUUGAGAAAUGUUUUUUUUCAAAAUUACCUGG